GUGUCGUCAGACACGUCAUAACAACAACAGCUGGUGUUGGCCAAAAUAAAUUCGUGUAAAAAUUGUAUUUCAGUUCUGUGUUAAAUAAAUAAAAAGUAAAAAAAUAAAACAUGGACGAGAGUAAUAUUCCAAUAGACAUUAAUAUUGGUAAAUUACAAGAUUGGUUGGUUAGUCGUCGGCAUGUGAGUAAGGAAUGGCAGAAGGGUGUCCCAGCUGUGAGGGAGAAGAUCAACAAUGCGUUGCAGGACAUGCCCAAACAUGAUGACAUAGCUAGCCUGCUGGCUGGCAGCUACAUCAACUAUUUCCAUUGCUUAAAAAUCAUUGAAAUCUUGAAAGAAACUGAGGCAGACAGUAAAAACCUCUUUGGAAGGUAUGGAUCACAAAGGAUGAAGGACUGGCAGGAUAUAGCCCGCAACUAUGAGAGAGACAACCUGUACUUAGCCGAGGCAGCACAAAUCUUAGUGAGGAACAUUAACUAUGAGAUACCGGGACUUAAGAAACAGAUUUCUAAAGAAGAACAGUUGCAAGUUGAAUGUGAGAAGAAGCACUCAGAUUUUCUAAAGAAUGAAGCUUCCAGUAAGACAGAGUUCUUGACUCUUUGCAAACAGCUUGGUAUUCAAGGAGAGAGAAUUAAGAAGGAGCUGGUGGACAGACUGCAAGAGUUGCCAGAUAUUUAUGAUAAGAUAGGCACAUCAUUAAAGCCGUUACAGCCAGGCAUAGACUUAUACGCAGCAUUUACAAAAUACAUUCUCGGAGACAGAGCGACAGAGGUAUUGCCAUUAUUGCAAUUUGUGGUGGAGCAUGGCAACACCACGGUGUACGAGUGGAGUUACGGGGAAGCCCCGCUUAGCGUCGAACCUGAUCCCAUUCAUAUUGAAAUUGAUGAUGAAGACCAGGGUGCUGGGGAUCAGAUAGACUUCGGUGACGGUGGUGAGCUCGACUUCGGCUCACUGGACGCGCCGGCAGAGAUCGACUUCGGUGACGGGGACGCCGGCGCCGAGAUAGACUGGGGGAACAUUGAUGUCGCAGCUCCGGAAAAUAUUGAUAUAUCGGCAGACCUAGCCCACGUGUCCCUCGAGGAGUCCGGCAUAGUGGUGGAGGAACAGGGGGUGUGCGGCGGAGUGGCGCGGGGGAAGGAUGCUCUCACUCUACUCGACAACCCCGCUACUAGGAACCAGAUCAUUGACCAACUUGUUGAGCUGGAAUCAUUCCUAAAGAUGCGUCUAUACGAGACGAACACGUCAGGUGACAAUCACUCCUUCAGCUUACUGGAGCAGCUCCCCACAGAGAGUACGGCGGCGCUGACCGCCAUGUUGGAUGCUGUACAGGUCGCGGCUAGUAAACUCACUGCGCCUGAGAUGAACCAUCUACAUAAUGUUAAGCAUUCUCCUAGGUACGUGGACGUUUUAACAGCCCAACUGAAACAGAAGCUAGCUCUGUGCGACAAGUUGUCCCGCCUGGCGUCGCGCGCGGCGGAACAGAGCGCGGCGGCCGGCGCGCGCGCCGCCGAGCUGCGCCCUGUACUCACGCGCAUCAUUGCCAGGACUAAGGAGCUGCAGGCACAGAUUGAAAGCGAGAUUUCGAAGAAGUACAAAGGCCGACCGGUGAACAUCAUUGGAGGCGUCAAGUUCUUAUAGAUUCUCUAUUAUUGUACAUAUUGUUGGUUCUAUUCGUUAUUAUAAAUAAAUUAUAUAUAUAUACGGUUCAUUUUAUACAA